GCCGCGCUCUCCUUUUGAACAAAAGAAGCACACACUUUCAACAGCAUCAGGAAGCAGUUCGGAUUUUGUUGUAUUGUUGCUACGGAGCUUAUUUGCGUGUCCAACCCGAAUAAUAUUAGCCGUUGCCUUAAAUAAAAUAAAAAGUGCAAGUUUGCUUGGGUUGAUAAAAGUUGCUUGUAAGGUACCCAGAGACGAGAAGUAUGCCACCUAAGAAACGUCACUCCGGGAUGGUACACAACAAGCAGCCGAAGUCCGGAGCUGACAACGCCUCUCCAGACAAGGACAGUCCGGAAUUAUCUGAGAAAGAACACAGAGACAAGGAUGGAGAGUUUGUGAGUCUGUGUAAGAGCCUUCAUGUUACUGGCCUGGUGUGUGACCGUGCCUGGUCCUUGUGGAAAAUAGUGCAGGAAUCCAUGGAGAUCGUUAAAGAUCGUCAGCUAAAGCUUUGGGGUGCUUGUCUGUUUGUGACUGUAACAGACAUGGAUGUUGGCUGUUUCACCUUGACUCAGAUCCUAAAAGCUAUCAGUAUGAAUUUUAAACUCUUCAUGGAACUGGUGAGGCAGAUGGAUUUGAACUUGGAUACGAUAAGCACCAAAGUGAACUCUGUUCUUACACGACUGGAGAAGAAAUAUGAUGUGCUGUUAGCGCUCUACCAGAGGUUUGAGAAAACCUGUAAGAAGAUCUUUACCUCGACCACGUAUGGCAAGGAGAGAGAGACGAUGCAGACAUGCUGGACAGUGUUUCUUUUGGCCAAAGGAAGGACGUUGCAGAUGGAGGAUGAUCUGGUCAUAUCGUUCCAGUUGCUGCUUUGCACCCUGGAGCUGUUUAUCAAGCGCUGCUCUCCAGACCUUCUGCAGCCUCUUUACCAAUCUUCCAUUAACAAAGUGCCAACACGAGCGUCUCGUCGGAGCCAGAACAAAGCCAAAUCCAGGCCUGCAGAGCUGGAGCUUGAUGUUCAGCUUCUUGAAACUUUGUGCAAAGAGAACGAAUGCAGUUUAGAAGAGGUGAAGAAUGUUUACCAGACCAGCUUCUUGGCAUUUCUAGAGUCCCUGGAUCUGUCUAGAUCUCCAGAUUUUCCUCAGGUUUCUGACUUCAACCAGCAGUAUGAGGAGCACUACCUCAAGUCCAGAGACAUCGAUGGACGGCUGUUUUUGGAUGGAGAUGAGACUCUUGUUGCUCCUAAAGUUGAGAUAUCACAAGUGGAGAGAACACCAAAGAAGAGCCAGCCAGAUGAAGACGAGAUUCUGAUCCCUCCGGAGACUCCCGUCAGAGCUGCCAUGACAUCCAUCCGGAUGCUGAGAGGAGACCUCCCCUCCAGUGGAGACCAGCCUUCUACUAACCUGGCUACAUAUUUCAAAAACUGCUCUGUGGACCCGACACAGGAUGUGCAGAAGCGUUUGGAGACGCUUGGACAGAUGUUCAGCCAGAAGUUUGGUGAGGCUGUUGGGCCACGCGGUGUUGUGUACGGUCGGCAGAGAUUUGCUCUCGGUGUACGACUUUAUUACAAAGUCAUGGAGGCCAUGCUGAAAUCGGAAGAGAAGCGGCUUUCUGUUCAAAAUUUCAGUAAACUCCUCAACGACUCCACGUUUCACACAUCCCUGCUGGCUUGUGCUUUGGAGGUCGUCAUGGCAACAUAUGAAGAAAGCAGUUUUAAAAAUGGAAGGUACAACGCUGGAGGAGGGGACCAGGCUGGAACAGACGUGUGUUUCCCCUGGAUACUGAACGUGUUCAACCUGCCUGCCUUUGACUUCUACAAGGUCAUCGAGAGCUUCAUCAAAGCGGAACCCACGCUCAGCAAAGAUAUCAUCAAACAUCUGGAGACCUGUGAGAACCUCAUCAUGGAGAGGAUUGCAUGGAGAACGGGAUCCCCGCUGUUUGAGCUCCUGAAACAGGAACGUGGGAGUGGAGCAGAGGAGCAGGUGGAGACUCCCGGCAGUUUCAGCCAGCCGCUGCAGCACAACCACACCGCUGCAGACCUAUAUCUGUCACCGAUGCGAGCCGGCCAGUGGGUUUCGCCUCCUGAGUCCCCCGUGAAGCCCGUGUGCAAGUCUGCCCCCGUGGCUUCCUCCAACCCCGCCUCUCAAGCUCCUGGUCAAGUUCCACGACAUUCCAAGUCCAACUCCCUAAGCCUCUUCUAUAAAAAAUUGUACUGCCUGGCGUACACCAGACUAAAGACGCUCUGCUCCUACUUGUUGUCCUCUCACCCUGAACUGGAGCCCAUCAUCUGGACCUUGUUCCAGCACACUCUGCAGCAUGAGUACGAGCUGAUGAGAGACCAUCACCUGGACCAGUUGAUGAUGUCAGCCAUGUAUGCCAUAUGCAAAGUGAAGAGUGUCGAUCUGCGCUUCAAGUCCAUCGUGUCGGCGUACAAGAACCUGCCCAACACCAACCAAGAGACAUUUAAACACGUGUUGAUCACUGAAGGCCAGUACGACUCCAUCAUCGUCUUUUACAACCAGGUGUUCAUGCAGAAACUAAAAACCAACAUCCUGCAGUAUGCAUCUACCAGGCCGCCCCCCCUCUCUCCAAUCCCACAAAUACCACGCAGUCCCUAUAAGUUCCCCAACUCGCCUCUGCGUGUUCCUGGGAGCAACAACGUUUACAUUUCUCCCAUGAAGAGCUCUCGCGUGUCCCCGGGUAUUAUUACACCUCGCUCCAGAAUGCUGGUAUCAAUCGGGGAAUCGUUUGGGCUGUCCAAUCGCUUCCAGAAGAUCAACCAGAUGGUCAGCAGCGAUCGCUCCCACAAGAGGACCCUGGAUCUGGGAUCUACUCCAAAACCUCUGAAGAGGCUCCGCUUCGACAUCGACGGGCAAGACGAAACUGACGGCAGCAAACCUGGAGAAGACUCAACUCUGAUACAGAAGCUGACAGAGAUGAGCUCCACUCGGAGUCGCAUGCAGGAGCAGAAGCUGAAGGAAGACGCCGAAUCCAGGAAGGAGUCACUUUAAAACCAACAUGCGCCGAUGGCCACGUUGUUCACUACUGUUUAAGUUUGUAUUUAAUUUUACUCUGAUGUCAGAGGGCAUGUUCCUCUUUUUGUGUUUUUACUAAAUGAGGAUUUUUAUUUUGGCAUUUCUGAGAAGUGUGUUUGUUUUUAGGAGUGUUAAUAACCGCUUGUCUCUGGAUUUUUCUAAUAAUGCUGACAGUGUAACCUGGUUUCUUUGUACUUCUGUGUUUUAUGGUUUUAAAUCACGUUUGUCAGCAAAUGUGUACAUAAGGAAAUUUUUGGCUCAAAGAAAAAGAGUACCGGUAACUGUUUUUCAAGCAUUCAUUUACUUUAGGAGGAGUUUGGUUUUGUUUCUGUCCAAAAAUGUGGAAAAUUAUUUAAAUGUUUGCACUCAGCCAGAAAAGUCAAAGGAUCUGGGGAAAAAAAACUUUCUGUGGCAUGUACAAUUUUAUUGUGGUUUUCAUUUUAUUUUUGGGGUGAAAAUAUAAGAAAAACAAAACAUUAACCAAAAAAAUGCUCAUGGAAGUAAAUAGAAACAAGCUUGUAGAAAUGUUUUUGUAACAGAAAUAAUUUUGGCUAAGAAAUAAAUGUACCACAUUAUGUAAACUCAAACAAGCGUAAUAAGAAGUUCAUUUGUCCUUUUGGGCAGUAGGGUUUUUAUUGUUGAGUUGGACGCCAUUUUAGCAGAGUUUGUGCAUAUGGCACACAUUUUUGUUGCAGAACUUCAACAAAUUUUGAAAAUAGAUCGAGGGGACACUAAAGAAAAGAAAACAAAAUUUUGAGUCCGAGGUAAAAAAUGUCCACUUGUAAAAGUGGUUAAAACCUAUUGAUGAAUUCAUAUAUUUUUCCCUGUUUUCUUUUCACAGAUCUGUUAUACAACUUCAGCUCUGCUCAAAUAUAAAACAAUUUCAAUCAUUUUCAGGAUUUUAACCAUUGAAAUGUCAGUUUAAUUGCUCAAUGUCAUUGCUGUGGAAAAAAUGCACAAAAAAGUGAAUUUCUGCCUGGGACAAAUCAGUCUCAGUUAUGCUAUGAAAUAUCUAAAAGAAUAAAUUUUUUGCAUCAAUAGUUUUUGCAUAGCAACUGAUUUAAAGAGCAAGUCACCCCCACCAAUGUUUUACUCCAUUCCCCACUUUCUGUUUGAAAAAUGCAACAAAUACUGUUGCCUCGCAGACCGAGAGGGCGGAGCCGCUAACAAAUACACACACAGGCUCACAGCAGCAUUGUGACAUCAUAAUGCACCAGCUAACAUCAUAGUGUACCUCUUAGCCAAUAGUGAUGGCAGAUGUAGAUUAAAAUACUGUGCAGAGUUUUCAGCUGAAGACGGCACUACACUGUCAGUUUUAGGCAGAAUAUUAAAAUUUUAACUAAGGUGCACUCAAGUGCCAAAUUAUUGACUACAUGAGUUCAGAACAAUUAACACUCAUAUAGUUUAUCAGCAAAAAACAAAGUUGAUUUGGGGUGACUUGCUCUUUAAAAUUCACUACCCUUGUGUGGUAUUUGGGAAAAAAUAUUAACGUGAAAACUGUCAAUGAGACGUCGGCACCGCUCAGCAGGUAUUUUGGCCCACUCCCCAUGAGCAAACUGUUCCAGGUGUCUCAGGUUUGAAAGGCGCCUUUUUCAGAUGGCAUGUUUCAGCUCCUUCCAAAGAUGUUCAAUAGGAUUGAGGUCCAGGCUCAUAGAAGGUGACUUUAGAAUGGUCCAAUGUUUUCUUCAUGGCCAUACUUGGUGUUGUAGCUGUGUUUUAGGUCAUUGUCUUGAUGCAAGUGUGAGUGUGAGCGUCCUGUCACAGUGUCCCGACUGAUCAUGCGCCCCGGCUACUUGGCCAAGGGGAUGUCCCUUUGGCUGACUCGUUAGCAUGCAUGACUUUCACCUGGGAGUCUGGGGAUCGAAUCCCACCCGGGCCCUCGUUUCUCCACCUUGCCACACAGGACCCAUGAGCUGUGACUGAGACCAAUCUUUCUGACACUGGCCAGCACAUUUUUCUCUAGAAUGCCUUGAUAGUCUUGAGAUUUCAUUGUACCCUGCACAGAUUAAAGCCACCCUGUGCCAGAUGCAGCAAAGCAGACCCAGAACAUAACAGAACCACCUCCAUGUUUCAUAGAAGGGACAGUGGUUUUUUUUUUCUUGAUAUGCUUCAUUUUUCUGUCUGAACAUAGAGCUGAUGUGUCUUGGCAAAAGGUUUAUUUUUUCUCAUCUGUCCGUAGGACAUUCUCCCAGAAGCUUUGUGGAUUGUCGUCAUGUAGGUUGGCAUAUUCCAGUCUGGCUUUUCUAUGAUUUGUUUUCAACAAUGGUGUCCUUGUUCGCUAAAAAGCAUACUCCCGGUCGUAUCUAAAAUAGCUGAGAAGUGGGUGGUUAAACUCCUCACUGCUCACCUAGGAAACACCCAACCCUCAUUACAGUCAUUGCAGUUUGGCUUUCGGGCACAUCAUUCCACAGAUACUGCCCUAUGCAUGUUAGUGGAGAACUUGAAGAGCUUGCUGGACAAGAGUCGCUGUGUUGGAGCUGUAUUUGUAGAUCUGAAGAAGGCUUUCGACUCUGUAAACCAUCAGAUAUUGUUGUCCAGAUUGACUCAGUUUAAUACCUCCAGUCAGGCGCUUCAGUGGUUUGCCUCUUAUCUCUCACACAGGAAACUGUGUGUGGUGUGGGAUGGGGUUAAAUCUCCAUAUUUAGACUGAUACUGGAGUUCCUCAAGGAUCUAUUCUUGGGCCUUUGUUGUUCUCUCUUUUUGUUAAUAACUUACCAGAAGUCUGUCCAAAUAUAUUUGCUCAAAUGUAUGCAGAUGAUGCAGUUAUAUAUACGCAAGCAAACAGUGUCCAGCCGGCGGCAAAAGAUCUUGCAGCUGCUUAAUGCUUUGCUGGCUGGAGGACUCAUGCCUAAUGUUGAACACCUCAAAAACUGUCUGUAUGUGUUUUUCAAAACGCCCCUUAAACUUGAAGCAGUCAAAUAUAUUCCUGGAUGGAGUAGAGCUUGAUCUAGUACCAGAAUUUAAAUAUCUUGGGGUCAUUCUAGACCCAACAUUAUCCUUCAAGAGUCAUAUGAAUAAAGUGUCCCAGGUACUUAAAUUUAAUAAUCGAAAUUUUAUUCAUAUACGUAAUAAUCUAAAUAUGAAUGUUGCAAAAACUUAUUUUUACUCAAUGAUCAUCUCUCAUAUGGACUAUUGUUUGACAUCCUGGUCACUUGCUUGUCCAACAACACUUAAAACUAUUGAAAACAUUUAUAAAAGAUGUUUAAAAUUACUUGACAAAAAAAAUGACUUCCCACCACAUUGUCAUGUGUUAAAAAAACAUAAAUUACUGAACUUCAAUAACUUAAUGAAACUUAAGAGAGUCUGUUUAAUGUAUAAAGUCUUACACUCCCUUGCUCCACCACCACUAAAGCAGUUCAUUAAGCAUAAAGAAAGCUCAAACAGGACUACACGAGCUACAAUUGGAGGAGAAUUGUUUAUACCACAUAGACGGACAGUAUUUGGGCAGAACGUCCUCUCUGUCAAGGGUGGCCAUCUGUGGAACAGUCUUCCUCAACCCAUUAGAGAAUGCUCGACUUUCAAUUUGUUUAAGGCAAAGGUUAAAAACUGGUUAUGGACAAAUCAAGUGUGUGAUCAUGUAUGAGUUGUAUAGUUUUAAUGUUUUAUUUGCGAAUAGAAUGGUGUGUAUGUGUUAGUUUGGUGAUGGAGUUUUUAUUAUGAAUGAAUAAUGAUUUUUUAUGAAUUAUGUCUUUAUGUCUAAGGACAACAGAUGGAAAUUAGCCUUCGGCUAUAAUCUGGCAUGUUUACAUUCAUGUAAGCUGCUUUUACAUUUAUGUUCAUUAACAUGCACUGUCCUAAAAUAAACAAAUAAGUCCACGUUGGCUCAAACAACGAUGGAUGGUGUGAUCUGA